CACGCAGGGUUCUUUGUGAACAGUAAGUACUUUUACGUAUACAUUAUGAGAUAUUAUUAUUACAGUGAAACCUCUGAGAUGACCACUUAACAUGGCAUUGAAGAGUGGUCCUUUAGAGGGAUGGUCUUAAAGAAGAUGGCCAAUAUCCAUAUAUGUGCAACUGAACUGAAUAUAUGGUGGAAUUGAAAAUCAGCCACAGGAAAUCUGAUCUGGAUAAGGAAUUGUGUCCUGGUCUUUUGGAGAGGUUUGACUGUAUCUGCAUUAUUUAUUAUCUGUAAUUAUGUAUUGCUUAUAUAUUCAAUAUGGCUAUAUUAUGGUUAUGAUCCCUCUUGUGCCCUCCAUCUUGAUUGCUGACUCCAUCCGAUGUCAGCGAUUCCAGUGCUAAAGUCUAUGCAAAUAGCCGGGAGAGUUCUGCGCAUGCGCCAUCGCACAUCUCAUGCGCAGGAUUUCAGAGCUGGAAACAGUGAUGUUAGAUGGCAAAGGAGAUGUCAGUCAAGACAGAGGGCCGGACACUAAGCAGAGAUUAUGACUGAGCGCCUGAGCAGUUGCUGUGAUGGGGUGUGCACAAUGGAUGAAAAAUUCCAAUUAUAAGUAAUUGGACCGUGGUGCACCUUUAUAAAAAUAUGUUUGCUCUUGUCCUUCACACCUCUAACCAGUGCGGUAAUUAGCUGUAUGGUAUAAAUGGCUCUGUAAAACUCCCUAUAAUUCAGCUCCACCUUCUCUUUAUUUGGUAUAGCUGACACCGCAGUAAUAUUACCAGUAGAGAGCUUCUUGAGAAGAUCUAGAUUGAAGCUUGGAUUUCAGGUUUAUAGCCACAAGAAAGGAAAUCAGACAGUGCACAGAUAUUUGCCAUGCAAUUCCCUAAUACGAGCACCCAUACUUGAGAAAAUAAUGCACGUAUCAAGAAUUAUAACAAAAUCAAAUCUUUUUUUAAAGAUAUUAUCUUUAUGACCCACUUCAAAAUGAUUAUACUAUAUUAAAGGCGAGUGCCCCAGAGGAUCAACCUGAUCUAGAGCAGAUGAUCUCAAAUGAGGCUGAAGGCCAUGAAUUGGAAGUAUUGCAGCCUGGUCCAAAACUGCACCUGAAGAGACAUCAGAAAGCAGCUAUAAGUGGAAAGGCAAGGACUGAAAGGAAAUAAUUGUCCCCUUCCUCCUGUGAUAUGGACAUACUCAAAAGGGACACCUGGCAAAGUUUACGAGGAAAACUCUCAGAUAAGGGGCAUGGAGAACCAUAUACGGGUGAGCCGGUGAUAAGCGUUGCACAGCUAAGGAGACAUCAUCUGUAGUCCAGUUCAUUGCCUCAUUUCACAAGACACAGACUUGGAUUUUGUUGUGCUGCUGGUUCAGAUUCGUUUCUUCACCAUCCGUCAAGAUGAAAAUUCCCAUUAUCAUUGACUCUGCAGUGGAUGACAGUGACGAGGAGGAAAAGGUUUUCCCUAAUCCUGUGUUGGAAGACAGAAGUGUUGAAUUUGCCAAAAAAUGCACCGAAUAUAUCAGUGAUAUCAGCUACAGAGAGAAGUAUAAAAAAUUAAAAGGCAAGAAUGAGUUUGUUCCUGAUACGGCGAAACUGAAGGCUGUCACAGAUUCCAUAUCAGAGACAAAGUACAAGGAAGCCGGCAGGAAGGAGUUAUCCCACUCCCUGUACCAGAUGAUGCCAGCAACAUUAGACACAGCAUUUGCAAAACAAGUCACGGAGCUUCAGAGUGAGGUUCUUUACAAGCAAAAACACGAUGCAGAUAAGGGAAAAUCUACUUACGCUCAAAUGCUAGAGCCCCCAGACAUCAAGCACGCGAUGGAAGUCAACAGACACCAGAGCAAUGUAAGUUAUAAGAAGAAAAAUGCACAGGAGAUCCACAAAUACACUGAAGUGAUGAACAGACCAGACAUACGGAAGGCUACAGAGAUCUCCAAGAUCAUAAGCAAUGUGGAUUAUAAAAAAGCCAAAGGUGACCUGAGUAAAGAAUCCAUGGUCUUGGGAAGACCAGAUUUCGAACAUGCAAAAGAAAUGUCAAAGAUCACCAGUCAGGUGAAAUACAAGGAACAUUUCAAGGAAAUGAAGGGUAAGAACCAUUGCUACAACCCCCUGGACAGCGCUGUCUUCAGGAGUGCCCAAGCUGCAACAGACUUGGCGAGUGAUGUACGUAUGCUGAUUUAUGUAUAA